AUGGUCGGUGCUAUGGUUAACAAGUACACGAGUCUCGCCACGCAGCCCACCGUCGUCGAGGUGCCCAAGCCCGAGCCGGCCAAGCCCGCGUCCGCGUCCGCCCCCGCAUCCGAGCCCGAGAAACCGAAAGCCGAGGAGCCCGUGGUGAAGAAGGAGUCCGAAACGUCGCCAGCCCCCAACGAGCCCGGUCGGCGCUCCGUCAAGAAGGCCAAGAGCAAGCCGGCGGCCAAGCCUGGCGACCCGGCGGCUGUUGAAUUACUACAGGACGCCAAGACGCAACGCUCGCUGACGAUCAAAGAGCGGCGCACCAAGCCGUCAAAGCAAAGCCACGGCAAGCACAAGAAGGGGCCCAAGGACGGCACGCAGCACAAGACUGAGGAAUCGGUCGACGACGACACAUUGCGCCUCAUCCCGUCGCUGCCGCAGGACCUGCGCGCGCCCGAGACGCAGGAGGCCGACGAGGGCGAGGAGGAGCCAAAGACCGACCUCGACGCCACCGCCAACUUCCCGGCCGUCGGCGCGCUGCUGUCCAAGUUUCGCAGUGGACGUCUGCUGAAGCCGUCGAAGGAGCCGGACAACAAGGAGCAGAAGACCGGCACCAAGAAGCGCGCCCUGGGCUCGCGCGAAUCCGUGCGCACGGGUCGCCAGAUGUCGCGGGAUAGUCAGCGGACGGGCAGGCAAAAGCCCCGCGCCGGUGGUUCGCGCGAGCGGGAGGGCGCCGAAAAGUCGGGCAAGAAACCGCCGCCGCCGUCGCAGAUUCAGCAGCAGCGACAACCCACGCCACCACCACCCCAAACGGCUCCCGUCGAAGAUCCACAACCAAUCACCGCCGCCCAUCAGCCGCCAAAACCGGAAGGGCACCCCGGCGACGACAUGAAAACCGGGCACCAGGGGGCGACGGCCCGGUCCGGGAAAGUUGUGAAAGAA